AACUUUGAAGAAGCUCAUAGUUAAGGCGAAAUCAACAAUUAAAGAACAUGAUCAAGCACUUAAGGAACUUGAAGAAGCUUGCAAUGAAGUUAACACAAUUAAACCAGAAAAAAGAAGGAUCGAACAACAUAUUAAUGAAUUGCUAAACUAA